AUGGUGCCAGAGGAGAUGAGAAGAGAGCUGCUCUGUUUCAACCUCUUCAACAACCUGGUUCCCUCCUUGCUGUGGCAUCGACUGGCAUGUGUGGACCCCCCCAGCACGUCUGCUGGCCAGGAUACUUGCUGUGAUGGAGGACUUCUUCAAGGACCGUCUGCACUGUGUCCCACAGAGUGUCCUCUUUCUACCUACAGAGGAGGUAGCUUUCAGGCUCCAGCUCGUCCAAAGACUCCUGACUGGUCCUGGGGACCUGGUCUGGAGACCAGUAGCCCGUGCCUUACUAGAGCGGUGUGCCUGUCCAACACUGUUUUCUGUGGUACGGGAAAUUUCUCCAACCUCUUCCAGGUCCAUCCUGAGUCUCUGUUUCCUCGACCUGAUACCCCCAAUUCCUCACACACUGGGAUGGAUUGCAUUACUUAUGAGCUGGACACCCUGGACGUCCCUCCUCUCACCCCGACCAGCAAGGAGGUCCUCAGCCAGGCAGUGAAGGCCAGUUUUGCUGGAUUCACCCAGGAGAGAAUCACCCGUCACUUUCCACAGGAUCCUUCCCUGUGGUCUGAGUGGGAGGUGAACCACUGGCUGGACUGGUGCCAGGCUGAGUUCGGACUCCACUGCCUGGGCUCGGACCUGCGAGGCCUGCAGGGCAGUGAGCUGUGUGGUCUGGACCGAGAUGAUUUCCAGAGCUUAACGUCCGACUGCACCGCAGGGGAGAUCCUGUGGGAACAUCUGGAGACCAUGAGGAGAGAGAAUGAAUAUGACUUCAGUUCUUUCUCACCCAUCUGCACAAUACCAUCUUACUACCAGCUUCGAUUCAACAAAGAUGAUGUUCAGGAGCUUUCAGACUCACACUGUUACCAUAUUCAGUAUGAUGCCUCUGAGAGGACAGAGCUCCACACUCUGGACUCUGUGGCUGCACAACAUCAAGACCAUCACCUGUACAAAUCACUGGAUCCCAGCAGGAACAUGGCCUCCCCUGCUCUGCAUCAGGACCCAGGAGGAAAUGGAGGCUCAACAUCUACAGGUGUGUCAUUGAAGUCAAAAUACAAGCAGAGUUUCAACAUGGAUGAGGUUCAACCCAUGAAGACAGACUCCGAGGUGGAAAUCGGUCAUAGUGACGAUUCUGACAUUGCGGAAGCUCUGUCGUGGACCACUCAACUCCAGGAUAUGGACCCGGUCGUUGGAGAUUCCAUGUCUGAAGAUGUCUUCACUUUACCACAGACACACAGGAGCUUCAAGGACUAUGUUGGCAACAAAACAGACCUUGGCAGGGCUGUGAUACCAGCAGCCGUCCUCGCUGGUUACACUGGAAGUGGCCCCAUUCAGCUGUGGCAAUUCCUCCUUGAGCUUCUGACAGACCGGAGCUGUCUGUCAUGUAUCAGCUGGACAGGAGACGGGUGGGAGUUCAAGCUGACGGACCCUGAUGAGGUGGCGCUGCUCUGGGGCCGGAGGAAGAACAAACCCAAAAUGAACUAUGAGAAGCUGAGUCGCGGUCUGCGCUACUACUACGACAAACACAUCAUACGCAAGACGGCGGGUAAACGCUACGUCUACCGCUUCGUCUGCAACCUGCAAGGCCUGCUGGGAUACGAGCCUGGAGAGUUGCACGCCAUGUUGGACAUUGGUAGCAAGAGUCACUGA